GCUUCGCCCUGAAUAGAGGUUAUAUUUAUAUUAUUAUAAGCGGCGGACAUUAGAUUGGUUCAUAGUAUGUCAUCAUACUAAGACACUGAUAAUUAUGACCCAUUUGAGCCGGGAUUUAGCUAUUCCCAGUGUCUUAAAAAUACAAAUGUGUUGCCAAGUUGAUGUUUACAUCUGAAGGCUCUUCAAAAAUCUGCUCAUUCUAUAAAUAGAAAGAACACUGGGGUCGUCUAAUAAUAGAAAAAAUAACUAUUUCAGAAAAGAACUUUGAAGGCUGUUCAAAAAUAAUAUCUAACAUAAUUGUAAACAAUGUGGGAUAUAUGUGAGCAUCAGGGGAUUAUUUCCAAGCAUUCUCAUGUAGAGAGCCAGAGAUAAUUGCGUAAUAUUGUUUUUAAAGUCCCAGAUGAAAUGAAGCAUGAACACUAAUGAACACAGACUUUGUGUUUUUCCAAUCAGACUGCAACAGGCUUUGCAAAAAGAGACGCAACGAGUUUAUUUUGCACAAAUACUUACACCAAGUUUCCAAGUGAAUCUUGUUUUCUGGAUUCUUUGACACAAAAACGUUUCACUGUUUUGGUUGUGAAUGUGGCCUGGAUCUUUAAAGACCCCAAACUGUCAGCUGAAUGAAGUUAGGGGGCCACCGGGGUGGUGAGGUAGCACAUUUACCAUGGAAACAAGUCCAUUUGAGUCACAUGGGCUCAUACUAAUGAGUAUUCUGGCUGUCUCUUACUAGUCUGAGCAGUUUGUUGCUCACUUUUGGCCUAUGGUAUUGACAACAUGAGUCUAACGGGGAUCACUCCAUCUCCUAACGGAAUGGCAUCAUUCGAGACAGACGACACAGAAACACAAGCUACUCUCUAUGAAGUAAAGAUGUUCAACAUCACCCUGUCUGCAGUAGCUCUGUUCAUCCUGGCUGUGGCAGGAAUUAUCAGUUGUUUCUCAUACCUGAGACACAGGAGGAAGUAUAAGAGGGCUCGUGUCUAUGAGAGCGCUGUGUCCUGUGAGCUUCCCGAGGAGCCAGUGGAUGUUACUUCUGCAGUGAAAACCGACCGUUUCCAUAACCCACUCGCACUUUUCAGAAGAUCGGAGGGCCCAAAAGACAACUCACGGAUCCACUACAUCUACACCAACCCUCUGCCUGUGGGACACGAGGAAGACAGAACCCCUCCUUAUACGGUUUCUACACACACUCCUCUCACACUGCAGGACUACGCCAAUGACCCCAGCAGUGGCAUCAUAUUGGCUCCACCUAUUUUUUACAUGCAGCUCUAGAAAGUUAUGAAAAGUUUGUAUUUAGGAAACGAUCUUGUUCCAAACUCCCAUAAUGCUCUUUCUAACGUGGAACACAAAAAGAGACAUUUAGCAGAAUGUUCACGCUGCACUUUUCAUGAAUGGUGACCAAAAAGCACCAUAAAUACAAUUUACUUGUCAUUCACUGUAUUAAUCCUCAAACUAGUUAUUCAUAAUUUGUUCACAGC